GGCCCCGGCGCGGCUCGUGUGACCGGAGCGGCGGGAGUCAGUCGGCGCCCGCGGAGGGAGGCCCCGAGCCCACCACCGCCACAGCCGGCCGCGGAGGGUGGGAGGCGGUGGCCUCCUCCUCGGUCCCCGGCGCCAUGAGCAUCGAGAUCCCGCCGGGCCUCACCGAGUUGCUGCAGGGCUACACGGUGGAGGUGCUGCGGCACCGGCCGCCCGACCUGCUGGGCUUCGCCGCCGACUACUUCGCCCGCCUGCGGGAUGCCCGCGACCAGGAGGCGGCCGGCGGCGGCCGCAGGGUGGUCAGCUUCGAUGGGGAGCCCAUGCAGACCGAGUCCAACGGCGAGGAGGAGCCCGACCGCGGCGACGAGGACUCUGACUCCGACUUCGAGCCUCCAGUUGUUAACCGAUACAACAGAAGAGUAUCAGUAUGUGCCGAAGCUUUCAAUCCAGAUGAAGAGGAAGAAGAUACAGAACAAAGGGUAGUUCAUCCAAAAACUGAUGAACAGCGAUGCAGACUGCAAGAAGCAUGUAAAGAUAUCCUGCUCUUCAAAAACCUAGAUCAGGAGCAGCUGUCUCAGGUCCUUGAUGCCAUGUUUGAGAGGAAGGUGAAACCUCAGGAACAUGUGAUUGACCAAGGUGAUGAUGGAGACAACUUCUAUGUUGUUGAGCGGGGGUUGUAUGAUAUUGUUGUAGCAAAAGACAACCAGUCACGCUGUGUGGGCCGCUAUGAUAAUCACGGCAGUUUUGGGGAACUGGCGUUGAUGUACAACACUCCUAGAGCUGCCACCAUUGUUGCCACAACAGAAGGAGCCCUUUGGGGACUGGAUCGAGUGACAUUCAGAAGAAUUAUAUUGAAAAAUAAUGCAAAGAAGAGGAAGACGUAUGAAUUAUUUAUUGAGUCUGUGCCCCUUCUUAAAUCCUUGGAGGCAUCAGAACGAAUGAAGAUAGUGGAUGUUAUAGGGGAGAAAGUGUAUCAAGAUGGGGAACGUAUAAUUUCUCAGGGUGAUAAAGCAGAUUGUUUUUACAUUGUAGAAUCUGGUGAAGUAAAAAUCUUGAUUAAAAGCAAGACUAUGACGAGUAAAGAAGCUAAUCAAGAAGUGGAGAUUGCCCGGUGUCACAGAGGGCAGUAUUUUGGAGAGCUUGCACUUGUUACCAACAAACCCAGAGCAGCCUCUGCCUAUGCUGUUGGGGAGGUCAAAUGUUUAGUCAUGGAUGUGCAAGCAUUUGAGAGGUUGCUUGGACCCUGCAUGGACAUUAUGAAGAGGAAUAUAACACACUAUGAGGAGCAGCUGGUGGCAUUGUUUGGCUCUAGCAUGGACCUGUUGGAUCCAGGGAAUUAGGCACAGGGUACCUCAAUGCCUUCUUAGAUCAAGACACAGAAAAGCCUCCUAUCAGCAACACAACUCACAAGGAAAACGGACACUACGGAACAGUUACAGCUGCUGUCUUCUUGGGCAUUUUAGAAACCAUAAACAAGUCUCAGCACAGAUGGAUUGCUCACUCCCUGCCUCCACUUUGCUGCUGAUACUUCAUUAUUAGACCUAGAUUAAAGAUGAUUCUAACCCUAUGUUCACUUACUUGGUUCAGAAUGGCAUCUGUCCAACAGUUCAAGUGCCUGAUAUGAAACCCAAAGUGUGCAAGAUAUAGAAGCCUCCUUCCUUCUCGUGUUACUGUUGGGAUAAAUUCUCAGAUCAGAUUCUGUAGUGGGAGGUUGCCUGUUCUGCAGAGGCAACCGGUGGAAUAUGAGCCUUUCACGGGCUUACUACCUUCAUCUGAUGCUUUCCUUGCAAAAUGACAAAUUUGGUUUUAAUUGUAGCAUCUGGGUUUGAAGUUAAAAUAUCAAUGGAGCCAAUUAGUAAGGUGGCACUGAAGUUUUCUUCCACCUGCUGAAAGGUGCGGGUACUAUAUAGCUCUGUAAACCAAGUAAACCGAGCUGGGGACAUGGGAGAGUCUGCCUAGCAACAAAAUGCAGAAAAUCAAGCAUUACUAUAUUUUAAGUGUUUCCUGAGCAGCAAACAAAAUUGUUUUACUCUAUGCUGCCCAAAAAGGUGCAGUGGUUCAGAUCAAAUGGCCUGAAGGUGUCAUAAUUGUCAUCUCCCCAAAUUUGAUCCUUGUUCUUGACACUGAGUACAUUUUAUUGGGGUGAGAUCACAAUAUAUGACCUUCUCUUGCUUACAUAGAUCCUUUAUAUACUGCUAGAUUUCCCAGGGCACUGUUGUUGACUGGGUCAGUUUUAAAGCUUUUUAAGGAGGUGAAUGUUUUGUAAUUUAAAUGAAGACUACUUCUGUACUUGUUUACAGGAGCUCCCCCCCCAGUCCUAACAUUUCACAGUAUUCUAACUUCAUUAGACACUUGGAUGCUUCCAAAUACCAUGGUGAUUUGCUAAACUUUUCAAAAGUUGGCAACAUUUGACUUUGUGAAGCAAAUGUCUUUGCUGACUACACAGUUGGUGUGUUUGAGGAGUCUUUUUGGAUUAGGUGAUAACUAAGCUAAUGAUGUUUAUCUAAAAUACCUGUUAAAUUUGCAGCAUUUAUUAGGUAGAUUCUAUUUCUAUAGCUUUAAUGACCUUAAUUGGCAUACUGCUGAGAUUUUAUCAAGAGUAUUAUCUAAAUAAGAAUCAGACCAUAAGAAGGACGUUUUUAUGGUGUACAAACAGAAUAUUUAUAUUAAGACAUUGAAUUUGUAGGUAAUAAAUCUAGUGACCCUUUGAAUUUGCAUUCUUCUGCAGCUCAUGCAAAACUUACUGGUGUUUUAUGGGGUUAUAAAAUUUUAAUUGUGGAUGCUAGCAUAACAGAACCUGCUCUUUUUAUUCAUGGCCACGUGAGCAAGAUUAGGAGGAUGCUAAUGCUGAAUUCCUGCUUCUAGUUAUCACAGCGGACAUUUCUCUAAGGCACGAGAUGCUUAGCUGCAACUCUUAGUUGAUUUCUGGACAUUUUUUUUCCCUAAAUGAAUGAGCUCCUCCCAGUUCCUGCAAUAUGAGUAAGAUGGAAACUUGAUAAGUUUGAAUGGCUGUUGUCCAGUUACUGUAAUUGGAGUCAUAUUUUUAUAUAAUGCAAAUGAUUUGUAAUGGACACCACUGAACUAGGUGUUUCCAUAUUAUUAAAGUCCUGAUUGUGAUGUCUA